AUGUGUAUCGCGGCAGACGUCGGCCGCACAGUGGGAACGUCACGUAAGCUGGGACCAGGCGGCGCGUGCAGCGGGCUUGUUGACAGUAGGGGCACGCUCGCAGCACCGUUUCGGGCAGCAGUGGCAGAGUGGAGUGUCCACCAGGGCACACUCACCUACUCACCCAGCCUGAACUCACUGUACCAGAAGGAGAAAACAAUCUUUUCAUCUCCAAUGGAUUUCGGAAGACGACAUUUACGACUUACGUGUGUGGUCUACUUCCUCACAGCAAUGGCAGCCUUGCUUUCCAAAGGUGCUGUGUCGGAGACAACGCUAUACAAUGAUUAUAUGGAACUGUGUGAAAUCGUGCCGUUCAACAAAAUAGUCGAGACUAUUCGCCACUAUAACGAGACGAGCGCAGAUGUGAGGGAGUUCCUAAAACGCCUGCAGGACCCCGACAUAACAGAAUACGGCGACUGGCUGUACCAGCAGCCGCCGCUGCACAAGGCGCUGGGGUUCCUGGAGCGGCACCGCGUGCCCGGCUACGCGCUGCUGAGCAACGUGACGUCGGUGCUGGGCUGGCCGCCGCUGCGGCCGCCCCCCGCCGCCCACCGCCGCGCGGCGCGCUCCGUCCACAAGGUGGCGCAGGAGGUGCGCGCCGCCAUCCCGCCGCUCGCCCUCUUCAGCUUCUUCUCCCGCAAGAUGAGGACCAGCAAGGACUUCAAAAGAUUCGUCCACAUACUCCGAUCCGACGAGUUCAACGACAUGGUACUCGCAGCAAUGCAACACAAAGGUUACAAGAAGCUGACAGACAUUCUAGAAGAAGGUGGAAUGGACAUGGAAAGCUUCAGAAGAUCUCUAACAGUUAUGUUUGGCUGGGGACCCCGCGGGAAGAAAAAACACAGUGCUGGAUUACUUGGCAAAAUAUUUUCAUCGUUCUUUAACUGACUGUAUUCCUACCUCCUCAGAAAUUCCAUACAAACUUUACGUGUGACUAAUAAUUUUGUCGCAGUUGUUUUGUGAAUGUGGCCAACGAAUGUGAGGGAAAUCUCUAUACUGUGCAAAAGAAAGUGUUCCACAAUGUCCCCGACAUGGCUUAUACAAAUUGUUUUUUUUCACAAUGUUGAAAGUGAUAUUCCUUACAACAAAUCUAACGGUUGGUGAAGAAAAUUAUUGUGGGAGAUGAGAGUCAUUGUCCUGCAAUAUUUUUCCUAUCAUAAUAUCCCCCAGUGCCGCUGGUGUAAAAACGGGAGAACUCGAGUAUUACAUUUGGCAUAAUUAUCCAACAUAACUGAAAGUUCUACAUCCGCAACAAUCUGACUUACAUUCGCUUUCCUGCAGCUGUUCUAUCGCCAUCAUAUACAAUCAUACACCUAGACGUCGCCAUGACUUUUUACUGAAUAGUUACAGAAUAAAUGGAUACUUUUUUUACGGGAUUUGCGUUUGUUGGAAACUAAUUUUGCCUCUGUAACUGCGAGCUAACAUUAGGCGAACUUAGAGGUAUCUGACAGCGUUUUAUUUACAAAGGCGUUCUUCAGGAGACAGGUGCAAGCGACUUGCAAACAACAGCUUUGUGCUAAAGAGAACAUCA